UAAACGGACGGACAUUCUCACAUCGCUGUCGUUUAUUCACACACAUAUUAUAAUUAUAUCACUUCACAUUUUUCGUAGUCUUGAAUUAAAAUCGAAAGAAAUUUAAGCUUUAUGAUUUCGACAACGGUGGCGUUGCGGCAAUUCCCUGCCAGGAUAAAUGGUUUAUGCUGUCGCCUUGAAAAAUCACAAUGUACAAAGAAUUUCUCAUCGUUCCAUGCAAUACGACAAAGUACGGCUGCAAACGGUCCUGGUGAUGGCGGUGCCGGUUCUAGACCAACAGUGCAGAGCAAAAUAACAAAACUAAGAAACAAUGGAUCCAUACCCAGACCUCCAAUAAUAGCAAUAAGUCGUUCCUAUAGCCAGGGUGGACAAGGCCGUGUACAGCAAAGCAGGCCUCCCACUUCUGCUGAUCUGGAACAUGCCUAUGCUGUUUUAAGAGAGACGUUACCAAAGCUAUUUAUUCAGCCCUUGGAUUACUCCAUAUACGAUCCAAAUUUGGAAUUUCAAAACAAUAUCACGGGCAAGCAUACGAUUGGCCUGUACCAUUACGUUAAGACCAUUGCCCUUUUGCGUACAGUGGGUCAUUUGAAAUAUGCCUAUGUCAAAUUAGAAGUCCUAAAGAUUACAAAACACCCCGAAGACUUUACGAUUAAAAUUAGAUGGCGUGUGCGUGGUAUAUCGGCCCUCAAAGUAAUGUUAAACUUCUGGAAAUAUAAACUAUGGGACCUUAAGGGUGUAUUUGCCAGCCAGGAAGCUUGGUACGAUGGCUUUUCUAUAUUGCAUUUGGGAGAUAAUGGUCUCAUCUAUAAACACAUUGUGGACAGAGUAAUGCCCGAUCAAAAUGAGGAAAUUGUCGAGAAGAGAUCACCCUCUAUUGUGGAACAGAGCGGUAUGGCGGUGUCUUCGAAAAUUGGCUAUUCCACGAAUGCGACUGCUGCUGAUACUAGAGAAAAGAAGUGAACACGGGUUCAACAAUUAAUGUGUUAUGUUGUUUAAUUUCUUGCUAAGUAUUGUAUGCUAGGACAACCGAGUUGGCGUAUGCAAUAAUACGUGCUUUCUGCAUCUGUUAAUGUUUUCUAUUAAAAAUCGUAAUUGAAAAAAAAAA